CCAUUAGAUUUGUUUUCCUUCUGGGGUCUUCCCUGAGGGAGGGGCCAACUGUCAAACGAAAAGAAAAACGGUCGACCUGGUAUCGCGCGAAAAUAGAGGGGAUGGGAGGACACCGGCCAUCCAAGGGCACGCUGAUCUCCCUCGUCACUCGCGUGUCGAGCAUAUGGUCCACGACAGAAAAACAAGGGCUCAGCAAAGCUAGGGAUGAAUGCCAACUAGACCCAGGGCGCGCAUCGUCAACCAAUCUAUUCCAAGAAGCCCGGCAGGCGAACCUUCUCGACUAUAGCGCUUGGCAGUCACGUAUCCUCCAGCCCAUGCGGCAGCCGUUCGUUUGAAACCAAAGACGUCUCCGUGGUGUUGGUCAUUGGGGCGAAUGCAAAUCUUUACUCGAGUCUCGCCGGCCUGCGUCUCUCCUGGUCCCUGUCCUGUCCUGUCCUGUCCUGUCCUGUCCUCCCCUCCGCCUCGACUUCCCAACGGACCACAUCUUUCUGCCGUCCUAACUGGGAUCAACCAUUUUCGCCGCUUCGAUACCACGCCCCACGAGGAGAGCCAUCUCAAGCACACAUAAAUGCCUCCAUUCCGAACUUAAUCAUCCACUGUCAGGAUCCUGCCCGCUCCCUCAUCCUCGUCCAUCCCAGGAGCCUCUUGGUUUCUUCUUUCCCGUUUUGCGCCAGCAAAACCAGACAUCUACCACUAACCCCCUAGUGUCUGUCUUCCAAGUCAAGCCAUUCCCGAUCACCUUAUAAGUCAUUUAAGGUGACCGUCGUGGAGACAGGUCGUUUCUUGGAUCGAUCACCUGCUUCUCCCCCAACACCCACACCGCCCCUGCAACGACCCGGAGUUCUUUAAGGGUACCAUCCUGGAACAAGACCAUUCCGUUAUCGUGGAUUCCCUUGUGUUUGAGGAGACAUCUUGCCGCAUUGUCCCAGGAAUACUUGGCCGAAGCUCAUAGCCCAAGGGACUCAUUCUGGACACCCAGGGCUGACCUGCCCGCCCAAGGACUAUUCUUAUUUCACGUGGCCUCCAUCUCCUGGACUCUUUGGAAACCUCCAGGGCUUUGCUGCUUGACUUUUCUUUCUCUACCGUUAUGCCCCCGGAAGAUAUGGCCCAGCCGGAUUUUGCCUACAGACCUUCAGCCAUGUCCAACGGACCGUGGAACUCGACGCGGAGUUCAAUGUACAAUGAUACAUUCCCACCCGCUGGAGGGUUUGACGGCAACUAUUAUCGCUCAUCAAGCGUGUCUACAUACUCGCCAGGAGCCAGUAAUUACAACUUGCCGAUCGGAACAAAUCCCCAUGUUGCCGCCGCCGCCGCCCCGGCGUACGGAUCACGUCCGGCUUCUGGCACAUACGGCAUCAGUGGUGCUGCUGGCUAUGGCUCGUACAAGAGUACGAACUCCCAGGCGUGGGACCACCAGGAGAGAUACUCACCAACGGACUCGGUCGACGACAUCAUUGCAUCCCCGAACUUGUCUGACUACUCCCUCGAGAACGGGGCAGGCGCCACGCCUCCGAGUAAAGGAAAGGUGAAUGGGAAGGGAAGGCCUCAGCGUAGGCCGUCAAACCGCGACGAAUUCGACGGCCCGCAUCAAUUUCUCGCCCGCCCGCCACCGGAAUACAUCGCCAUGCAAGAGCGUGAACUACCUCACUUGCCGACGAACCUGCACGUGCAAGAGCAAGACAUGGUCCUGACCCAAGUCAACGACCGGCUCUCUCAGUGUGCCUACGACUUCGUUGCGAAAUACCAGUUUCCGAUUCCAUUAACGCAGGACAUGCGGCCCGUAGAGCGGCCCCAGGAUCGGGAAUGGACGGAAUGGGUGUAUCUCCUGAAGCGGCUGGCGACGAAGCGCCGUAUUCCCGCGCGGGUGCUCUACAACGGACAGAUUAAGCAGUUUGUCACGAUUCUCGAGAACUCUCUGGAGAUGCGGCACGCCGCCAAGCAUCAGAGUCGCCCACUGAAGGACGACCGCAAUAUUCUACAGCUCAUUUCGGCGGGCAUCCAAGUGGCCAAGAUCCUCAAGGAUGCCAGUGCCAUGGAAUACCUAGACCGACUAUACGUUUCCACGGAGAAGCAGAUUCAAGACCGCGCCGUCGCGCGGUUCAGAAGCUAAUCUGUUUCCACGCUUUCCAUUGUUCGCCCAAGUCGGACUCCGACAGCGGCGUGCGGUACAUGCCCAAUCCUAACGUAGGGAAACGGUGCACCGGGCCCUAUUUUGACGAAUUUCUACGGACCUUACGAACUUGAAAAUUAUUGCAGACGGGCUGAAUGGAUCCCUCUCACUCUUUAGAAGAGAGAACGCGAAGACGAGAGUAGAUGACUCUGAUACGGAAACAGGGCGGGUGUCCACAGGACGAUAGAUUCCCUCCCGAAGGAACGACGCAGGAAAGACACCACAGGCUAGCUUAGCUCAAACCCUCCAUCUCUCGGCAAGCGAGUUGCGUCUUGUUUGUUUCGUGUGUUUUUUUUUACGGCGAGGAAAUGGUAAUAUAUUGCCCGUUAUUCAGGGCAGAAGGAAAGGUGCCUCUUUGUUACUAUUCUGAAUGAUCUUUAUUGCACACGACACAACACUCACGCUCAUAUACCCCUACUUCCCCUCACCCUUCACGGAUUGGUUUCGCAAGCGAAAGAGGACAUGAGAGGAUAUCACAGGGAAGCGAUGGGCGCUAGGGGUUCCUUGGGAACACAGCGGAAACCGUCCUUGUACAUUGUUCUUUAUUUCAGGGUUUUUUUUUAGUUAUUUUUGCCGGUGUCAUUGUUCCAUUUUAUUCUUCUUUUUAUGGUACCGCCACGGCGUGCUAGAGGGAGAGGUGACCCUGGAGCUACUUCGACGGGUCAUGUCUUCGUGUGCUUCAUCUUACACUUGGCCUACGGUGAGGUUUCUUGAUGCUGUCGGCAGUUCUGUGGUUCUUGUUGGAGAGAGUGGUUCAGACGUAUCCCUCGUGGCACGCCGUCCCUCCGCGUCGUUUUCUUCUUCUCUACUCGCUGGUUUGGGCGGCUUAGAUGAACCUAGGGCAGUUUGAUAUCCAUAGGCCUUGGCAGCGUGCGC